AUGACUCGCGACGACCGCGAGUUUUCCAUCGUCGUCUUCGGCGCCACGGGCGACGCGGGCCGCGCGGUGUGCCGGUACCUUGCCACCAAGCAGGGCGCGCGCCCUGUCAAGUGGGCGGUCGCCGGCCGGAGCAAGGCCAAGCUCGAGACACUCGUCAGCUCCCUCGGCGGCUCCUCGGCGCCGUCCGUGCUGCUCGCCGACGCGUGCGACGCCUCGUCGCUGCUGCGCAUCGCGGAGCGUGCGACGCUCGUGUUCAGCGCCGUCGGCCCGUACUCCCGCCUCGGCGAGCCGAUGGUCAAGGCGUGCCUCGUCGCGCGAACGCACUGGGCCGACAUCACGGGCGAGGUGUUCUGGGUGGGCGAGAUGGAGGCCAAGCACGGCGAGGCCGCCGCGGCGGCGGGCGUGACGCUCACCUCUCUCUGCGGCUACGACUCGGUCCCGUGCGAGCUCUCCCUCCAUGUCGCGCGCAAGGCGCUCAAGCUCGGCGCGAGGCACUCUGAGCUGCUCGACGCCGAGGCCGUGACACAGCUCAACGGGUACGCCGCCUUCGCACGCAGCAACGACGAGAGCGCGGCGCUGUGGCCUGUCCUCCGCUCGAUGCUCGGCUCGCUCUCUCUCGGCUGGUGCAACGUGCCGGUCGUCCACCGCUCCUUUGGCGCGCGCGGCGCCAACCCGCUCCGCUUCCGCGACCGCGAGCAGCUUCCGAUGCCGGCUGCGUGGUGGAACCUGUGGCACCUGCUGCCCGCCCUCGGCCUCUACGCGGCGAUCGGCCUCGCCCUCCCCCUCUUCUACCUCGCCGCCCUCCUCCCGCCGCUGCGCGCCGCCGCCGAGCGCCGGCUCGCGGCCUACUCGUACCAGGGCGACGCCUCCUCCUCCUUCGCGGUCCUCACCCGCGCCUCGUGCGGCAAGCGCGCCGUCGACGUCACCUUUGCGUGCCCGGGCGACCCGGGCAUCUACGGCACCGCGCUGCUCGCCGCCGAGUGCUCGCUCGGCCUCGUCGACGCCACCCGGCGCGGCGCGCUCGCGCCCGGCUUCACGACGCCGGCGAUCGCCCUCGGCGACGCGCUCGUCGAUCGGCUGCGAGCCGCUGGCUGCACCAUCGAGGCUAAGGCCACGCAGCCGUGA